GCAAAGGCAGAGACAUCGUGUACUUGUACUUGCCUUUCUCAGCACUGCACCGUUUUGCUCAGAAAAGCCCCCAAAAUUCUUCCUUUAAGUCUGCAGCUGGAAAUGCCCAGCCCGGGGCUGAGGCAUUGUCUGGGGUUGAGUGGGUGGACAGCAAAAAAACAAAAAGUGGAAGUAGCUGCACAGCGACUUUCCUCCCGCUCUGCGAACGCCUCCGAGACGUCACUGAGCCAACCCCCGGGGAAAAACAGGCGCUCGGCACCCGCCGGGGCAGAGCUCGGCCCCGCACUCAACCUGCUGCCACGGAGGAUGCUGAGCUGCCAUGGGCCCCUCUGCCCCUGCCCUGGCGCUGUGCCUGGCGCUGCUCCUCGCCCCGCACACACACGGUGAGGGGCUGGCGAGCCCCCGGCGCGUGCGCUUCGCUGCCGAGACCACGUGGCACGUGCUGCAGUGGGAGCCGGGACACGGCCACCCCAGGGACGUCUGCUACGAUGUGGAGUACAAAGUCUACGGCACGAAAAUCCCCUGGACGGCCAUCCCAGAGUGCACCAAGUCCUCGAGGCAAUCCUGUGACCUCACCUUCUACACCCUGGAUCCCAACAGGCGCUACUACGCCCGGGUCAGGGCCGUGUCUGGGAACCACACGUCCUCGUGGCAAAGGACCAACGCCUUCUCCCCACAGGAUGCCAGCCUGCGCCUGUCGGGCCAGAGCCUCUCCGUGAGGGGCAACACCAUCCACGUGCAGCUGCAGCUGCUCUUCCAGACUGGGAAAGUCACUGUGAGGUACAAGGACAUCCAUGAGGACGUGAGGCAGUACCGGGUGUACGUCAGGAGGACGCAGGACAACAAGACGUUUGAAGUGGUGGAGACCAGGGCAGAGUUCACCCUCAGCAACCUGCUCUGGGGCACUGAGUACUGCCUGAGCGUGGAGCCCAGCGUGACCAACCGGCACCUCCGCGCCACACGCACUGACGAGCAGUGUGUCACCACAGCCCAGAGAGACAGGAUUGUGGAGCUUCUCCCGAGCAUCCUCAGCCCCUGCUUCAUUGUGCUUUUGGGGAUCCUGGGGGCUCUGCUGGUGCACACCUACAUAAAGAAACCCAUGAGGACACCAUCUGUCCUGGUAAGGCACCUUUUGUGGCUGGCAUGGAGGGGCAGGCGCAGGCUUGGGGAGUGCUGGGAGCGGCCAGCAACGAGAGGGACAAAGCCCAGCUCACUCCCUUCUUUCUCUCCCUCUCAGAAGUCCUUCAUGAAGCAGAGCUCGCUCUGGGUGGACCAUGAGCCCCCGUCCUCAGGCAGCCUGGACACAGACCCCAUCCAGCAGCUGUUCCUGUGCCAGAAGGAGCCCCAGCUGGACAGCAGCACUAGCACAGCCCAGGUGCCCCUGGAGCAGGGCUGGAGGCUCCCAGUGUGGCCUAAGGACCGGCUGUGCCUGCUGGGACCCGUGGGAAGCCGAGACAACAGCGGCAGCAGCACCGACAGCGGCAUCUGCCUGCACAUCCCCUCCUCCUCCCCCGGACUGAGCUGCUCCACCCACCCUGAGCCCCAGGGCUACAGGCGACAGCUGCCCACUGGCGACGACAGCGGUGUGGGCUUGGAGAGCCCCUGCCCUGGUCCCACGUGCUCCUCCAGCAGCGGGAACAGCAGCCAAGGGGAGCCAGAGCUCUGCCCUGCCACCGGCCAGGAGGCCGUGGAGUUCCGCGGGUACCUGCAGCAGUGCAGGGGCACGGUGGAGCCAGGGCAGGACCCAGCCAAGGGAAUGACCCUCUCGGGCUGUGAAGGACCUGGGCAGGGCACUGACCUCGUGCUGGAUGUUGAGUGCUCCGAGCUGGCUGUAUCCAAAGGGUAUUUGAAGCAGUCCUCUCCAGAGCAUCCCCGUGGCAAUGCACAGGACCUCGCUCCAUGGGGAGCCCCUUCCUUGGACUUUUCCAGCCAGGUGGGACCCCUAGCCCCCACUCUGCUGAGCUGGGGGGCUCCAAGUGCUCCCUUGGUCUCCAAAGCUUGCCCUGAGCUCCUGAAAGCUCCCUUGGACCUGAGCAUCUUCAACACUGACGUCCUGGGGAUGCUGCCCCUCACCUCCAGCCUCAGCACGAGCUGGCUCACACUGCCAGUGAACCCCCUGAGCCUGCUCAGUGGGGACAGCAAGGACAGCCGCCUGUGAGCCGUGCCCAGGCCGGGCAGCAGGUGCUGCCAGCCCUGCACGCUGACACAACUACCUCUUCUACCCGCUGCCCGUGGGGAGCAGCCACUCAAUAAGCUACUGCCACCCCUGAAUGUUAACACACCAAACCAAGUGGUGCUGGGCUGAGACAUGUCCCUGGAGCACCUGCUCAGCUACUGCUGGGGCUGCUUUGGCCCCAGGACUGUGUGGACAGCCUCCAGUGUGUCCCUCCAGCUGGUCUCUGGUGUACUCUAAUGAGAGACAGGGAUGGACUGUGCUGGAGAGGCUCACCAAGCUCAAGGAUACGCACCAGGAUGUUU